AUGGAGCUUGAUGGCGGCUAUUUCGACUCCUCGAGCUGGGCUAGCGCAUUCCCUACAGACCAGCAAUCAGGCUCUCAAAGAGCACCACAUGACAUUCAUGCCACGGUGGGCCCAACCGAUGCUCUUCUCGCCCCCUCAGCGCAGAUGGGAGACGUUUUUCAGCGGGUUUCCGUCUACAACAACGUGGGACUUGACGUUAAUCUUCUGCCGGACUCUAUGAACCGGAUUGUGAGGCCCGAUGUUGACAGCAGUCGAUUCAAUUUGCCGGCCCAAACUCGAUUUCACGGGUUGGGGUCUCCAUCAUCUUUCCAAGUGGCAGGAACGACACAUGCCGCCUUCUGGGCGCGUCAAACUGAACCCUCAGCUAUUGAUCUCGGUUGCAACAGUGAGGGUUUUGGCCGGGAACCGCUUUCGUCGGAUGCUUCUCGUCUCUUGAGUACCUGGACUAAUGGCAAUCACAUGCACGUCCUACACUCCACGUAUUUAGCUGUCAGUCGUGAGACUUCAUUUUCACAGCAGGGCUAUUUCUACCCGACUGGCAUUGAUUACAGGACCCAUACGAACCGACUCCAAUUGCAAGCUGCCCAAACUCAGCCUGUGGAUUGCUUUCUAUCGGCAGGAAAUCUGUCCCAACAGCCAGUACGAAUGGCUCCGAGGACAAAUACCGCCAGCCAGCAGGCUCAGGCGCAACGGAUAUCUCGAUUCCGAAGCGUUACUGCGGAUGUUCCGUUGACGGCUUGUACAGAUUUGACUCCAAACAUUAUUCAACCGACCAGCCUUGGGAAUAACGGUAUAGGGCUCGAAAUGGAUGCCACAUGGAAUAUUGCAGUGAAAGAUUCUCACAGUUGCCAUAAUUUAAUCAUGUCACAGACUGGCGCACCGCCACGACGGUCACCCAGGCGAGCGGGAUAUCAGGAAAUGCCCGAAUGCUGUAAAGCUGAUUUGAAGACAAGAAUACCCACCAUAAAAUAUCUGUUCAUCGAUCUGGGCUGUAGCAUGAAGCAAACAGAGAUGAUAUUUCAUCUCCUCUUUGAUUUGAGAGUGACGUGA